AUGACGCUUUCCACGAGCCGGCAGCAGUUCCUGGCGUACGAGUCUCAAACCCCUGAAGAUAUCCAAUAUGGCCGCCGUGGGGGCAUCUUCAUCUCCACCUGCGUCUGUGUGCUGUCCAUCAUCAGCGCUGUUAUACUAGCUGUGCUGGUCGGAGUCAUUGUAUACUUCAUCACCUAUUACAAGGUGGCUCAGGAGACAUCAACAUCUGAAUUCUGGGAUGAUACGGAACCAUUCGGUGCCAGUGGGCCUUCUCCAGAGCUGAGACUGCCCUCUAGUGUAGUCCCAAGCUUCUACCGACUCAAACUGCACACAGACUUAGAGAGCUCUAACUUCACCGGAGAAGUAUACAUCACUAUUCGGGCCAAUAAACCAGUAAAAGAAAUCAUAUUACACUCAAAAAACCUCAGUAUUAACGGAAAUGCCAGACUCACUGAACAGAUUUAUGAGAAAGUUGAAAUGCUUCAUGACAGAACGAAACGUCAGAUUAAUGAGACAGCUGUAGACAGCAAUGUAACUGCAAGUAUUAAUGAGUCAGAAAUUAUUACGACUACAGCGAAUGUGUUGGCUGAAAAUGUGACAGAAGCUAUAGAAACAACUACGCAAAUAGUGACUGAACCACCUGUUGCUCCGGUAGAUACUCAAGUGACACAUAGCAGCGUGCGUAAUAUAAAAAUACUGUCAAUAAUAGAAGCUACCGGUGACAGACUGAUCUUAAAAUUGGAAACAGCACUCACUCCUAAUGUUGAUUAUACUUUAGAAUUGCCAUUUAGCGGUCAAAUCUCAAAUUCAUUGACCGGUUUCUAUAAAAGUACUUAUAAGAAUGCCAAAAAUGAAACCAAGAAGUUGGGUGUCACCCAGUUUGAACCCACCUCAGCCAGGGCUGCGUUCCCAUGUUUUGACGAGCCAGCAUUCAAAGCCAUGUUUGAGAUCAGUAUUGCACACCCAGAAAACAUCAGUGUGCUUUCCAAUAUGAAGGUUUCUACCGAAGAGAACAUCGCCAAUGAACCUGGCUGGAAAUGGACCCACUUCGACCGAUCCGUUAACAUGUCGACAUAUCUCGUCGCUUACGUUUUAUCAGACUUCAAGUCCUUAGAAACCACUUACUUGAGCAAAGACAAUGUAACCAAGCCCAUUCGAAUUUGGACCAGACCUGAGCUGAUCGAAAAGGCGAACUACGCCCUGAACAUCACUCCGAAACUGUUGAGUUACUAUGAAGAAGUGUUUGGAGUUCCAUAUGCUUUGGAGAAGCUGGAUCUUAUCGCGAUUCCGGAUUUCUCCAGUGGAGCUAUGGAAAAUUGGGGCCUUAUUACUUUUAGGGAAACCACGCUUCUUUUCGACGAAGCGGAAAGCGUUCCCCGCGACAAGCAAAACGUCGCCAUCGAUAUAGCUCACGAACUAGCUCACCAGUGGUUCGGCAACCUCGUCACCAUGAGGUGGUGGACUGAUCUCUGGCUUAACGAAGGAUUUGCGACGUACAUCGAAUACCUAGGAGUGGACCACAUCGAACCAGAAUGGAACAUGUUCGAAUCCUUCGGGCGCGACAAGAUGGAUCUCCUCAGAUCCGACGCGCUCAAAAACACUUCGCCCGUGUCCCGCAAAGUCAUCGAUGCGUCCGAAAUAUCGCAGAAGUUCGACGAGAUAUCGUAUAGCAAAGGAGCCAACUUAAUACGCAUGCUGAAUCAUACGAUAUCGGAGGAGCUGUUCCAUAAAGGACUGGUGAUUUAUUUGAAUGAUUGGAAAUACACAAACGCCGAAGAAAAUGACCUAUGGCAGGCCAUGGAGAAAGCCACGCGGACGGACCCAACACUGAAAGACUUAUCCGUAGUGAACUUCAUGAACACUUGGACGCGACAGGCCGGUUACCCCGUUGUCAAGGUCAACAGGAACUACGAGAAAGGCCUCAUUGAGAUUGAACAGAAACUCUUCACUAGCGCCUUAGACCCGUACCAGAAGAUGUUAGACCAACUCUGGCACAUCCCCAUCAGUUAUACCGGCAUGGACACUCCAAAAGACCAGUGGAACACCAAACCAAGGACUUGGUUGAAGAAUCGUUUCCAAGUAGUCUCGGUGCCGGUCAACAGCACAGAAGCCUUGUACGUGAACGUCGAUGCUAUUGGUUACUACCGCGUGAAUUACGACAAGAAGAACUGGGAGCUACUGUCAGCAGCUCUCAAGUCUGGGAAAGUCCAGUCUCCCAUCACGAAGGCACAGCUCAUUGACGACGCCUUCAACCUGGCUAAAGCUUCGCAGCUAAACUACAGCUAUGCCCUGGGUCUGACUACCUGCGUUAUGAAUGGAGAAGAUUCGAAGAUUGUCUGGGAUUUGUUAUUGAAUAACAUGGGCUUCUUGAAGUUCAAUCUGAAGGCUACCGCUGGAUUUGUGUAUUUCCAGGACUACAUGCGUAUAAUCCUCAAGAAACAACUGGAGAAGUUGAACUACGGUCUGAACAAGCCUCGCGACGACAACGAGGCCCUGCUCAUAGAGAACCUGCUUAUGUGGGAGUGCUUUGUAGAGUCGCCGCGGUGUCUCAACUGGGCCCGGACAGAAUUUGACAAGUGGAUGAGCAACCCUGCUGUCAACCCGAUCCCAAGCUACCUGCGCUCGCUAGUAUACAGCGUGGCGCUUAAGUACGGCAGCCGGCGCGAGUUCGACUUCCUAUGGGGCGUGUUCCAGUCGUCAGCCGAUCCUACCGUCAAGAGCCUGGCCAUCAACAGCCUGCCUUCCACCAGGGAGGAGGGGCUUAUCACUAUGCUCCUAGAAAAAAGCAUCACCGAAAUACCCAAGCAGUACGCGAUCGCAGUAUGGAGUUUCGACGCCACCGCCGCCACGGCAAUCGCGCAAGACUUCCUCAUCAACAACUUCCAAAGAGUCUACGACAAGUUUACGCAAAUGGAUGCCUUCAUGUUCCCCGCUGUGCUAAGCGGAGCAUUUGGCUUUAUAUCGCAUACUGAUGAGCUCAAUAAGUUGAAAGCCUUCGCAACGCACCACAAGCAGCAACUGAUGCCAAUGUCGCAGACGCUGCAGAAGUUACUGGACACGGCCAAGCUGCGCAUCAACUGGAUCGACAAGUACGCGCCCAGCAUCAACCAGUGGUUCCGCGAUUACGUCACCAACUCAACGACUCUAACCAAUGUUACCAACACCACUACCACAGACGCCAACACACCAAUUAUUGGAGCCAACGGCGCCAACUCCAGUGCCAAUGUUCCUGUAACGGAAAAUCCUCCCGCCAAUCCUGGCCUCAAUAUCACAGAAGUGCUUCCUAGUCAAUAACUAAAGGUUUGAUUUAGUCAUUCAAUUAUCAAGUUCGAAAGGUCGGAUAAAAAUACAGCCGCUAAAAGUCGAUAUAUAGAUAUCGAUAAAAGACCUUUUGGACUGUAGCUAAAUAUUCGAAAAUUUUACAGAAAUUUUAUCGAGUGUUUAACACUUUAUUUGAAUUUUGUUUAGGUUAAGAUUAUCGCUGGUUGAUUUUCAUCGAAUAAUUUAAGAUCGCCCUUAAUGCCUUAAAGGAGUGCGAGUGAACAUUUAGAGAUAUUGAUAUUUUUAGGACAACGAAAGGGCCAAAGUUUCAUUUCCAUCACAAUAUUAAUUCUAUCUUGCAUACUCGUAAGUUCUUAAAUUAAAAUAUUUUUUGAUAAUAAAAAACUAUUUUGGCAAUUUUUUGCUAAUCGUCGAAAUCACACACUUGUUUAUUAUUACUUUAGAAAAAUUAAAGCAAACCAGUUUGUAGAUAUUUGACGCAAAUAAAAAUAAAAACAUGUUUUAUUUUCUAAUAAUAUCUUUAUAGAAACAUUUUAGAAUUAAUUUACGAAAUGGCUAUAAGUAUCUAAUAGUAUAAUUUAUCAUAAGUAUGUAAGUAGGUAAAAACUACACAACGCCAAAGUGCACAGGGUGCAUUUACAUAAUAUUUAAACAUAAUAAAUGUAUUACACAAAUCUAAAAUAAUUCUAUCCAUUACCUACUUAUUUAUUUGUACUUACAGAGAGUAAUAUUAUUAUAAUAAUGUAUUUUGAAAGUAGUAUUUUAUGUGCUCUCUUAGGUGUCUUUCAAUGUAAAAAAUACAUCAUAAGUAAAUACAUAAAAUAUAUUAUUUAUUAUUAUCGUUAUUUUGAGGCAUUUAUUUAUUAAGAAAGCUGUUGAAUCUAUGUAUUAUAAGCUUAAGAAUAUACAUUAAAUAUUAUAUCGUUUUGAAAAAUAUAAUCGAAU